AGUUCGCUGCAAAACACAAUUCCCAGGAGGCUAAGCGCCUUCAGUGGGUUGCGGACCGACAGUCCCCGCGCACGCUCAGACUCUAGGGAGUUGUAGUACGGACCCAGUCAGGCUUGGAACCAUGGCGGUGACCAAGGAGCUCUUACAGAUGGACCUGUAUGCUCUACUUGGUAUCGAGGAGAAGGCGGCAGACAAAGAGGUGAAGAAGGCAUACAGACAAAAGGCCCUCUCCUGUCACCCGGACAAAAACCCAGAUAAUCCCAGAGCAGCUGAACUCUUCCACCAGCUUUCUCAGGCCUUGGAGGUACUGACUGACGCUGCAGCCAGGGCUGCAUAUGACAAGGUCAGAAAAGCCAAGAAGCAGGCAGCAGAGAGGACCCAGAAACUUGAUGAAAAAAGGAAGAAAGUGAAACUUGACCUGGAGGCGCGGGAGCGGCAGGCCCAGGCCCAUGGCAGUGAGGAGGAAGAGGAGAGUCGGAGCACCAGGACACUAGAGCAAGAGAUUGAACGCCUGAGAGAAGAGGGUUCCCGGCAACUGCAGGAACAGCAGAGGCUGAUUCAGGAGCAGAUACGCCAAGAACGGGAACAGAGGCUGAGAGGAAAGACAGAAAAUCCUGAAGGCAAAGGAACCCCCAAGCUAAAGCUAAAGUGGAAGUGCAAGAAGGAGGAUGAGUCAAAAGGUGGCUACUCCAGAGAUGUCCUUCUGCGACUUUUUCAAAAGUAUGGAGAGGUGCUCAACCUGGUGUUUUCUAGUAAGAAGGCAGGCACCGCUGUGGUGGAGUUUGCUACUGUCAAGGCUGCGGAGCUUGCUGUUCAGAAUGAAGUAGGCCUGGUCGACAACCCUUUGAAGAUUUCCUGGUUGGAGGGACAGCCCCAGCGCACAGUGGGCCCCAGCCACGCAGGCCUGUCACAGGACUCAUUGGUGUCAGAGAGGGACUACGAGAGCCUCGUCAUGAUGCGCAUGCGCCAGGCAGCUGAGCGGCAACAGCUGAUCGCCCAGAUGCAGAAGGAGGACAAAGCGGGGCAGCCCACAUAACCUCACACCUGGAGCCCUUUUCUCCAAUGGCACCAAUAAACUUUUUCUUUU